GUCGUGACUCCAUCACCAACUCCUUCUCCUAACAAAAUCUUAAAACCGUUUUUCCUUCAAAAUUAAAAAUAAAUAAAUAAAUAAAAAAUCACCGCUGCCAUGACUCGACUCAGAAAACUCGGUGCCGCCGUCGGAGCGGGAAUCGCCACCGCGUACGGCGGUUCUGUGAUCCUUUAUAAUCCUCAAAUCUCUGCCAACGACUACGGAGGCGGCUCCCGCCUCGACGCACUCCGGAAGAGGGUGCACGACCCGGACGCCGUUUUUCCGUCCAGGGAGGUGCAGCAGUCCGCGCUCAUGGCCGCCGGCAAGGAGAACCCUCUCGAUGUUCUCGUCAUCGGUGGCGGCGCCACCGGAGCCGGCGCCACGCUCGACGCCGUGACCCGAGGACUACGGGUUGGGCUCGUGGAGAGGGAGGAUUUCGCUUCCGGAACUUCUUCUCGAUCCACGAAGCUCCUUCAUGGAGGUGUUCGUUACCUGGAGAAAGCUGUCUUUAACCUUGAUUAUGGACAAUUCAAACUAGUGCUUCAUGCACUUGCGGAGCGUAAAAAUGUUAUUGACAAUGCACCACACCUAUGCCAUGCAUUGCCAUGCAUGACACCGUGUUUUAAUUGGUUUGAAGUAGUGUACUACUGGAUGGGCUUGAAAAUGUACGAUUUGGUGGCAGGAAAACAAUUGUUGCACUUAUCAAGGUAUUAUUCUACAAAAGAGUCUGUUGAGCUCUUUCCCACUCUGGCAAGGGAGGGAAAAGAUAGAAGCCUGAGGGGAACAGUUGUUUAUUAUGAUGGGCAGAUGAAUGAUGCACGACUUAAUGUUGGAUUGGCUUGCACUGCUGCUUUAGCUGGUGCAGCAGUGCUGAACCAUGCCGAGGUUGUAUCCUUGCUGAAGGAUGAUGCUGGAAAACGGAUAAUUGGUGCACGAAUUCGGGAUAAUUUAAGUGGCAAAGAGUUUGAUGCAUAUGCAAAAGUAGUUGUGAAUGCGGGUGGGCCAUUUUGCGACUCUGUAAGGAAAAUGGCCAACAACAAUGCAAAAGAAAUGAUUGCUCCCAGCAGUGGUGUACAUAUUAUACUCCCUGAUUAUUACUCUCCAGAGGGAAUGGGCUUAAUUGUUCCUAAAACCAAGGAUGGACGUGUUGUUUUCAUGCUGCCAUGGCUGGGACGAACAGUUGCUGGAACUACUGAUUCUAGUACUAACAUUACUUAUCUUCCAGAACCACAUGAAGAUGAAAUACAAUUUAUAUUGGAUGCUAUAACUGAUUACCUUAAUGUUAAAGUACGCCGCUCUGAUGUUCUUUCUGCUUGGAGUGGCAUUCGCCCAUUAGCAUCGGACCCAACUGCAAAAAAUACUGAGAGUAUCUCAAGGGAUCACAUUGUCUGCGAAGAUUACCCGGGUUUGGUCACCGUCACUGGUGGCAAGUGGACUACCUACCGUAGUAUGGCAGAAGACGCUGUUGAUGCAGCUAUCAAGUCUGGAAAGCUGACCCCCUCCAGUGGAUGUGUGACCAACAAUUUCCAGAUUGUUGGUGGUGAAGGGUGGGAGCCUUCUUCUUUUACAGUUCUUGCUCAACAGUAUAAGCGCAUGAAAAGUACAUAUAGUGGUAAAGUUGUUCCCGGGGUAAUGGAUUCUGCUGCGGCAAAGCACUUGUCUCAUUCAUAUGGAAUAUUGGCUGAGCGUGUGGCUGCCAUUGCUCAGAAUGAAAAUUUGGGUAAGCGACUUGCCCAUGGUUAUCCAUAUCUGGAGGCAGAGGUAGCUUACUGUGCUCGUAAUGAAUAUUGUGAAUCUGCUAUUGACUUCAUUGCAAGGAGGACGCGUCUUGCUUUCCUUGAAACUGAUGCAGCAGGAAGGGCAUUGCCACGUGUGAUUGAAAUAUUGGCAAAUGAGCACAAAUGGGACAAUUCAAGGCAGAAGGAAGAGUUGCAGAAGGCUACAGAAUUUUUGAAGACUUUUAAGUCCUCAAAAAAUGCUCAGUUCCAUGAUGGGAAACACACUUAGUUCUGGACUUGAACGACAAGGAAGUUUUUCACCUGACAAACCUUUUGGUAUUCAUUUUCUCUUCCGCGGGUCAAUAGGUGACUAUGCUUGCCAUGGAGAGUAGCUAAACGCAUCUUUGAAAUCAACUCUUCCACCAAUUUGUCUUACGGUUACCUGCCAAAAUAACGUUUGCAAGUUGGGUAGAUUGUAUUGCACAGUUACCUACCAAAAUAAUUUUUCUUGAGAUUCAUUAGACCCUGUUCCUCUGCCAAAGUUGUCCAUGAAGGAAGUUAAGGAAUCGAGGGUUACGUUUUAAUUUACCUAUGAUCUUUGUACCCACCCCCCCUCUCUUUUCUCUCCAUAAUACUUGAUUUAUAUCUGGUUUUUUUAUCAUUACGGCCU